UAUAAAAGAUCUCAGAUUCUAUCAUCAUAUCCCCGUUAGCUGACAGGUAUAUUAGUGCCGAUUCCUCUGUUCAAAUUUAAAGGCCUAAGAAAAUAAAGAUAUAAUGCUUCUAGCUUCCUUAGUUUUGUCAGCUUCACUUUUUUUCGAGAGUGUAACUGGGUCAGGAACAGCAGAAAGCUAUUUAGAUACAGUUUUAAAUACAGCGCUGCAACUCGAAAUCCGGUCUCUUGGAUUCGACCCAUUACCACUUCCAGACUUCCAAGCAGAAUUUGAAGAUCAUGUGAAAAUCUUCGGAAAAGUCCAUGGAACUGUGAAAUACACUGAAGGACUGCUUCAUGGACUAUCUCAUGCCAGACGAUAUGGAAAUUGCUCUGGACCAUAUUACGGAUACGGACAGCAACCUUUCGUCAAUUGUUCGAUUAAACUUGAUGAGUUAGGCAUAACUUUUAAUGGAAAAUUGAAGUACGGAAAACUACCAUCGACUUCAAUACGUGCUAAAGCAAACAUGUCUUCGACUAUAUUGAGUAUUGGUUUAUCUUAUUAUCCAUUCGACCUAAUUCAUCUAAGAAGCUUUUCAUUUCUUCGAAUAGGACAAAUUCAAAUAAAAUUUACAGGUUUAGGAUCUAUUUUAAAUAAAUAUUUAAAUGUUUUAGAAACCGGGUUUAUUGAGCAUGCUUGGCCAGCAAUUUUUAACAGUGUUGGAAAGGAAUUCCAAUUUGCAUUGGCGAAUGCAUUUGAAAGGAUUCCCUACAUGUGGUAUCAAAGAUAAAAUCAUGAGUAAAGAAAGGUAUCAUCAUCUUGAAAUAGAGCUGAGGCAGAUAUCUCUUCAUCAUGUCUGGUAGUAUCAGAGGUACUUAAGAAUUUAACAUUCUAAAAUAAAGUUAAGAGAAAGCUUAGAUUUUUAAGAUCAGUUUUGAAUCAAUAUGCUCUUAAGUACUUUGGGGUCCAAGAAUUUUUAUAAUAGGUAGCUUGCCUUUUUGAAAGUCGUUCGUGUUUGGUCUUGGAAAAUAAAUUUCAAUGUAUUUCUCUCAUAAUGUAUCAAAUAAUGAAAACA